AUGUCCGUGUCAUCCCCCGGUACCAUUGUCGACGAGUCCUACAACGACCUGAGCUGGAUCGAUUUCCGGCUCGACCAGGCCGAUGAUAUCACAGCUAUUAAGAAGUCGCUCACGAACCAGGCCUGGUUUGAGCCCUUGUCGCACCCCGAAAAAGACAUGAGCGGCUUCAACGUCGCCAUGAUCGUAAUGCGCAUGAUCUACGGCAACGUGUUGGCGACUCCUGCGACAACGAAGUCAAGUCUUGAGGCGCUGGAGGAUGACGAGGACUGGGAGUCAGAGCGCGAGACAGACGAGGAUCGCGAGCAGUCGCAUCUCCGAUUAUUCCUCUACGACAACGAGGAGCAGUUUCCCCUCCUCGCAGUAUCUUGGGUCGACACCCCCGGCAUCCUUCGGGAAAAGGGAAAGACUAGCAACACCGGGAGCGUAUCAUCAUCGGCGGCCUACGACAAGACGGUGUUCGACAUGGCCGAGCUACUUCUCUCCAGCUUCCCCAACCACCGGCAUGACGACGGACCAAUUUCCUUCUCCUACAUCAUGUCCAGCGACCUCGCCAAUGACGCUCUGUGGAGCCACCCCUCCUUCCUCUACUACUGCCCUAUCGUCGGAUGCGCCCCCGCCGAAGCUGGACCGUGGACGGCCGGUCGCAAGAAAAUCCCGACCCGUAUGAACGCACAUUACUCCCUCCUUCACUUCGACUGGGCGCUCGAGCGCAAACAGUUUGCUGGUCUCGGCGCCUUUUUGACGUCCAUGGUUCUUCCCCGCCAGCGUCCAGAUGGGCAGUGGUUGCUCUAUCAGCCAAACUUUCCCAAAGUGUUGCGGGUCAGAUACGUACCCGCCGCGGACACUCGCCGUUCUUCUUCGCCUGACGGGAGUGCCAGUCCCUACGACCAGAACCCAGGAUUUGACGACCUCAGACACAUCACCAUCGGCGGCCGCAAGAUUGACACUUCAACCUCUCUGGCAGAAUGGGCGCGCCAUGAUAAGCAAGGAAGAGCCGUCAGACAGGGAUAUUCCAUUUUUGCUGUGGUGCGACUGCGCAAUUCGAGCAAUCCGAAAGAGCAGGACCUGGUUAGGACAUACGAUGUGCAGCGGAUUGCUGACAUGGUACGAGGGGCGGACGGCAUCGUUGUGUCCGAGGUGUCAACGAUGAAUAAGAGGGGAAGUGGAACGAGGUACUUGACUGACGGGUGGAAACUGGGUGAACCGGGUCAUGAGUACGAUCUGUUCUAUUGUAGGGAUGAUGCUGAGCCUGAGGGCAAUCCUCGUACUUCUGGAGCGAAGGCUGGAAGUUCCAAGGAGGUUAGUAGGGGUGGUGAAGAUGGUGACGAGGAGGAGCAGAUGGAGAAGCGGGUGAACGACAUUCCUUAUGAGAGUAUUGAGGAAGGAGAUGCCACUCUGGAAUGGGAAGGAACAAAGUGA